CCCACCUUAAAGUGACAACUUCAGCCAGUGUCUCCAUUUUCCAGAGAUUGCUCUAUCCCCCGAAUUUGUACACACGCACACACCCCUGGAUUUUUUUCCCCCUGUUUAACUUUGCUUUGAAGUCAGAAAACUCCGGCCAAAGACUUGGAGGGGAGCAAACUCUUACUUGACUGCGUCCGGCUUCCAUCACCCGCUGCUCACAAGUGUCUCCUGUGGUCCAGCAGCCAUGAGAAGAGGUACUUGCUGGCCCAAGAUCGCCUCUUCUUCCCAGGAAAUCUGAAGGACUCUACCCAGCCCUGAGCUUCUCCUGCCACCACCACCACAUCCUGCACGGCUGUCAUCAGACCUGUCCCCCUAGCCCAUCCUGCAGCCCUCAGCCCAGGGGGCAGUGGGGACCAACAUUGAGCCUGGAAACAAGUGUAGCCUAUUUUCUUCAAGUCUUGAAGUUCAGUCCAGAGGCGAAACGGCGACUACAGCCGAAUUCCUCCCUUUCAUUUGCCUCCCCAUGGAUAUGCAUUGCAAGGCUGAUCCCUUCUCUGCUAUGCACCCAGGGCAUGGGGGUGUCAACCAGCUCGGGGGGGUAUUUGUCAAUGGCAGACCUCUACCUGAUGUGGUGAGGCAGAGGAUAGUAGAGCUGGCCCACCAGGGCGUCAGACCCUGUGACAUCUCCAGGCAGCUGAGGGUCAGCCACGGCUGUGUGAGCAAGAUCCUGGGCAGGUAUUAUGAAACGGGCAGCAUCAAGCCGGGAGUAAUUGGGGGAUCCAAGCCUAAAGUAGCCACCCCAAAAGUAGUAGAUAAAAUCGCUGAAUACAAGAGACAAAACCCCACCAUGUUCGCGUGGGAGAUCCGGGACAGACUGCUGGCAGAAGGGAUCUGUGACAAUGACACUGUGCCUAGCGUGUCCUCCAUCAAUAGAAUAAUCCGAACAAAAGUGCAGCAGCCAUUUCACCCGACACCAGAUGGAUCUGGAACGCCAGUAAGCGCACCAGGGCACACUAUCGUUCCCAGUACAGCAUCUCCACCUGUGUCCAGCGCCUCCAAUGAUCCCGUAGGCUCUUAUUCCAUAAAUGGGAUCCUGGGUAUACCUCGUUCAAAUGGCGAGAAAAGGAAACGCGAUGAAGGCAAUAUGGAUACAAGCUAUCGUUCAUACAUGUUGAACAGGGCCAGACUUGGAAUACUAAAAUGCAGCCAAGAUGGAUCUGAUGGUUCCGGGCCAAAUGGAGAUUCUCAGAGUAGUGUGGAGAGCUUACGGAAACAUUUACGUGCAGACAACUUUACCCAGCAACAGUUGGAAGCAUUAGAUCGAGUUUUUGAACGUCCAUCCUAUCCAGAUGUGUUUCAAACUUCGGAACACAUUAAAUCUGAACAGGCAAAUGAAUACUCCCUUCCAGCACUAACUCCUGGCCUGGAUGAAGUCAAAUCUAGUUUAUCAGCCUCUGGUAACGCAGACCUUGGUAGCAACGUGUCAGGACCUCAGACCUACCCAGUGGUAACAGAGAGUUUCUCCUCUCACCUUUAUGUAAAGCAAGAGCCUCAUGAAGCUUCCCUUACUCCCUUCACUCCCUCUUCACUGGCCAGCUCGGGGCUGGCUGAUCUUCAGCCUUUUCAGAUGGCCCUCACGGUUGAUGCGUCCACACCUGCGUACAGCUCCUUCACCCACCAUGGCCCUCCCUACGGGCAGUUCGGCAGCCAGCCACUCAUAGCAGGUCGAGACAUGACAAGUACAACCCUUCCUGGUUACCCUCCUCAUGUUCCUCCUACAGGACAAGGCAGCUACCCAACCUCAACCCUUGCUGGAAUGGUACCUGGCACCAACGUUUCGGUCCAUCAUUCGGUCCAGUCUGUGGAGUGCUGCUCAUGUCUGUCCAGCUCUAAGCCUUGUCUGUUUCACUGCAGGACUGGGAGUGGAAGUGAAUUUUCAGGAAAUCCCUACAGUCACCCACAGUAUACAACAUACAAUGAAGCAUGGAGGUUCAGCAACCCAGCAUUACUAAGUUCCCCUUAUUAUUAUAGUGCCACAUCCAGGGGCUCCGCACCUCCCACUGCUGCCACUGCCUAUGACCGCCACUAGUUACCAUGGAAACCACAUGAAACUGCAGUGCGAGAACUUAGGCCUCCAUUAUGUACCUGUGUGAGCAUCAUCAUGUUGGGAAGAAGAGCUUCUUAAACUGUGCCUCCUGCCAUUACUCUGCUACAGCUACUGACUCUGUUCAGCUCCACUGUGCUGAACUGUUCUCCACCACAAAGUCGUAUCAUGACUUUUUCAGUAGCUAAACAAACACCCAGCAAACAAGUCUGACACUGGAGCCCUUUUGCUGCAAAUGAGAGGCCCAAACGUUCAUUUAUAUUGCGGAUCUUGGGACCUUAGGACAGCAAAGUCUUGGAAAUAUAUGACAGUGUUAUUGAUUUCAAAACAACAGUACGAAUGAAGACAUUUUUUAAGACUCCAAAAUAAAAUGUAUUCCAAAAAGGGAGAGAUCUCUAAACAGCAAAAAAAACAAAAACAAACUACGGAGAAGACAAACCAUUUUCCCUCAAAAUCCAUUCCACCGGGUAAAGUUUCUGGACAGAAGAGUUCUGAAAAAUCCCUUUUGAAACAAUAAGCAAUUGGAAGACUGCAGGAGUUAGAAAAAAAUUCUUCCUCAAAAACAACUAUUGGGAGUAUCAGAACUAGCCAUCUAAACAUCCUCCUGCCUUGGACAGGAUGCCUGCCUCGUAUACUCCAUCAGUUGUGCUGGCAUUCCCAAUACCCCACGUGGAUCUGAAUCCUGUGAAAAACAAUCAACUCAGAGAAGACAGGAGGACAUUUUGAAGUCAAAUGACUGAACAUUAAAAAGAAAUAUAAAAUAUAUGAAUAUAUAAAUAUAUAUAUAAAAUACACUGUUUUUAUGCUUUAUCAUGAAGGUCUGUAAAAAGUUACAAUAGACAAUUUUCUAUAAAAACAAAAACAACAAAAAAAACCAGUGCUGAAAAUGGAAGAGAUUGUCAUAGGACUACAUGAAGAAGGCAGUUCUUGAUAUAUUGUUCCUCCUUCUAGCUUUUUUUUUUUGUUUUGUUUUGCACUAGUGUGUCAUAGUCCGAUACUGGGGGCUUUGUUAUGCCCCUGUAUAAAAAUCAUUGUGAAUAUUUCACACUCUAGGAAAAAAAAUAAAAAAU